UUAGUGACACCCCACAAGAAAUACUCUCAAAUUCUAGAUAUAUGCCUCACUUUAAGGAUUGUAUUGGUGCCAUAGAUGGAGUGCAUGUUCAUGCCUCAAUACCACCUCAAGAUCAAGUACCAUAUAUUGGUAGGAAAGGGAUGCCUACUCAAAAUAUUAUGGCUGCAUGUAGUUUUGACAUGCAAUUUACAUUUGCAUGUGCCGGUUGGGAAGGAACUGCACACGACACAAGGGUGUUUUUAUCAGUGUUACGAAAUCCAAAUAUAAAUUUUCCUAAGCCUCCAAUUGGGAAGUAUUAUGUGGUAGAUGCUGGGUACCCACAAAUGAGAGGGUUUUUGGGACCAUAUAAAGGCGAAAGAUAUCAUCUUCCUGAUUUUCGUAGGGGUGGCCAACCAAUGGGUCCUAAAGAGGUAUUCAACCAUGCACAUUCUUCUCUUAGGACUGUCAUCGAACGAACUUUUGGAGUAUGGUAGAAAAGAUGGAAGAUUUUAAGGGAUAUGCCUAAUUAUCCAUUCAACAAGCAAGUGAAGAUAAUCAUUGCAACAAUGACGCUUCAUAAUUAUAUAAGAAGGCAUGCUCAACGUGAUAAACAUUUUGAUAAUCCAAGGAAUAUUUUAAGUGAAGAAAUUGAUGGGGAUGUUGACGUACAACAACAUAACCAUACAACUUAUGAUCAAGGAGGACAAGAGAUCGAAGCUUUGAGAAAUAGUAUCACUGCAAGUUUAAUGCACGCAUCUAGUUAGACAUUUG